GAUUCCUGAGAUAUUAAUAUAUUUCGAACACAGUAUAGCACUUCCAAAUUUGAAGUUUUAUAUUUUACUUCUAUUAAAACUUUAAACAGAGAUACAUAACAACAGAAGCCAAGUCUUCUACAAACUUCACAAAAGCAUCGACUAAAAUUAUACGUACCAAAUAAAAUGCAUGUACCUGCUUCCCGACAUAUCUCCUAAAAUACCUGGUACAAAAGAUAAUUUGACACCACGACACAAUCUAAUUCACAAAAUAAUACGUAAUCCAAUACAGAAUAGCAAAAAGUGAGCAACCCAACAUUGCAUCGCGAAAAGCUGCAGAGCCUUUGUUACGUGCGCGACAGAGACCACUAUAGCUGUCCUAACCGCUCCGCAGCUCCGUCUUUAAAUUACACGUUCUCAUAGCCUUGUACCGGUUUGGGCGCUUCGAGGAACGACUGAUAGGGCGUUACGCGCUAUUGCAUUCUAAACCCUUUGCCUAAGCAAACAUGGUUGAUUUUGACGUGUAAUAUAAAGGUGGUAAGGACAUUUUCAUGUUCAGUGGAAAUACAGUAAUGGGGGGUGCACGACAUGGACACCGAAGUCGGGGUUUAGAAUUUCAGUACAGCUUCGGAUAGCUGCGAAGCGCUGCUUUGUUAGCUCUGCAAUUGUUUGCUGAGCCUAUUUUUUUUAAAAUCCUACGCGUUCCUUCGCCCCUUUUAUCAUACAAAAAUAAACCGGAUUCUUCGACAAAACGAUUAAACUCGCUCGUACAAAAUACAACAGUAUUAAAUUACAAAAUAGAAUUUUUAACAAGUGGAAGGUGAAACUUUGUGUUUUCAGUGUUUUCUAGUGUCGCUCAAAUUUUAUGUGAAUUGAUAGAAGAUAGAUUUAAUGUAAUUUAGAUCUAAGCUAUGGAUUGUGACACAAAUUUGUACAACAUACCAAUAAGACUCGAUCCGGGCUCAUGGUGCCAAUUAAAAGUAAAAUAAGCGCAAAAUGGCCGCUCAAAAUGCAAAUUCCCGCUCAAAAAACUGUCAAAGUGACGUUAGCCGAGUGAAGUGAGUGUCCGAAAUGUACGUUCGCUGCACAGCAUGGUGACGCUGAUGCCGUGUAGCUACCUCGGCGGCGGGUCCCCGCGCUGCAGCUUGGAGCAUACGGAGCCUAAGGCAAAGCGGCCUAGGUCCGACAACAACACCGAUGUAUCUGAUAGAAUAUCGGGCGAAGUCAACCAAAGCCCUUGCGGGUCAGAGUCAACGUCAAACUCGCCACCAACUUUGCUCCAAGACGCGUCAUUGCCGGCGCUUUUAGUGUCCGGGGCGUCCACCAUUUUCCAGACCACGACGACGGCCGCCAACUCUGCGCUGAACGCAGCUGUAGAUAGCCUAUGCUUGCCUGGUAGCUCGGAGGUGGAUUGUAGUUUGACGAACGGAUGUGCGACGUCGCUCGGGUUAGCGUUGCCGCUAACGUCAACCGGUGGCCUCUGUACGUCUACCUCUUCGCCAUCGGCGGUGGCCUGGUUGAUGAAUGAGGAUAGCACGGGCGGUGGCGUCAAGAGCGAGGUGCGCAGCCCCGGGCUGUGCGAGGCGGACGUGGCGCUGUACGGAGAGGCUCUUCCGUACGACCAGUCCACGCUGCCCUACCAGUAUUACAACAGCAUGCAGCAGUAUGGCGGCGGCGGCGCGGCGUCUUCGUACGUGGGCUCCACUCUUUACAAUCAGCCCUACACCGCGUACCCUCCCGCGCACAACUCUAAUAACAGGUCGUCGUGCAAAGCGACGCCGACGUAUCUGAGCUACGGCGUUGGCGGCGUGAGCUCCGUGCCGGGCUCGGGAUUCGGCGCGCAGCCCUCACCGUACUACCCCUCCUACAACGGAAGCCUGACACAGACCUUCCCCCAGCAAGUAAGUGACUAUAGCAGCUACGCGAGCAGCUACGCCGAGCACAACGUCGCCCAGUACAGCGGGUACUACGCAACGCCCAGCUACUCUCCCUACCAUGCAGUUAGCUCGCCCAGCAGCAGCGGUAGCGCGGGUCACACGUCGUACCAUCUCGGUGGUGCGUUAUCAGAGUCACCAUCGGCGAUGCUCCCUUCAUUAAAUGACAACAAUCCUCUAUCACCAAUCAAAAAUGAAAUACAUGCAGCUAGCCGGAGGUGCAGAGAGAACUCAGGUGAAAGCACAAGCAGAACCCGCGGCCGGAGCCGGCGGAAUACAUCCUCGUCACCAGCGCAACAUGUGCCCGAGCCCGCCACGGACCGGGUCUUCAUCUGGGACUUGGACGAGACCAUCAUCAUAUUCCACUCGCUGCUCACGGGGACUUACGCUACUAAGUAUAAUAAGGAUACACAACAAAUAGUACAGCUGGGAUUCAGAAUGGAAGAGAUGAUAUUUAGCUUGGCUGAUACACAUUUCUUCUUCAAUGAUGUCGAGGACUGCGACCAGGAGCACAUAGACGCGGUGGCGGCGGACGACAACGGCCAAGACCUGUCGGCGUACAACUUCUCGUCGGACGGCUUCCACGCGGGCGGCGGCGCGGGCGCGGCGCCGGCUCUCUGCGCGCCUGGUGUGCGCGGCGGCGUCGACUGGAUGAGGAAGCUCGCCUUCCGCUACCGGAAGAUCAAGGAUACUUAUAAUAAUUAUAGAAAUAGCGUUGGAGGCUUGUUAGGACCAGCGAAACGAGAACAGUGGCUGCAACUACGAGCCGAACUUGAACAGGCGACGGAUAACUGGCUCACGUUGGCCUGUAAAUGCCUCAAUAUGAUUAACUCAAGGGAGAACUGCGUAAACGUGCUGGUGACGACGACACAGCUGGUUCCGGCGCUGGCCAAGGUGCUGCUGUUCGGGCUCGGCGGCGUGUUCCCCAUCGAGAACAUCUACUCCGCCACCAAGACCGGAAAAGAAACCUGUUUCGAGAAAAUCAAGCAACGUUUCGGCGAGCGCUGCACGUACGUGGUGGUGGGCGACGGGCAGGACGAGGAGGCGGCCGCCAAGGCCAAGAACUACCCCUUCUGGCGCGUCUCCUCGCACUCCGACAUCGCGGCGCUCUACAACGCGCUCGACAUGGGCUUCUUAUGAUUUAUGCGCGCCUGGUACUACAUACGCUUACAUACGAGGAAAAUGUGUCACCGAUUUGGCAGGAACUAUAUAGAUAAGAACCCUUAGAACUCGUCAUUUUGACGUUACAGCACUUUAUCGAUGUGUUUAGAACUGGUUUUCGUAUGAGUUAUGUGAGCCUGUUACUAGAGAUACGUUUAACGUAUAAAUUAAAUGUGUCAAGAACGGCGAAUAACCCGUCUAACCUUCGAGCGACACCGGCUUCCGACACGUCGGAAGGGAGGAGCCCAAGCGAUAUCUUACCGUACAAAUCGUUCUGCCAUUUUUUGUCGGGGGAAACGUGCACACAGUCUCAUUUCUCACUCACUACAUACAAGAUCCAAUCUGUAAUGACACACAUCAAAGACAAAUCUUGCACACCUCGAUCUCUUUUUGUGUAUGGACGCACCGCGCUGUGCCCAGUUGGGUAUGUGCUCCGGCAGAGGGGAAAUAGUGCGAAUGCAGUUUACAGUUCUUUAGCAUUACGUCUAGAACUCUAUGUGAGCCUGGUAUUCAAGAUACGUAUACUGUGUAGAAAAUAAGGGGAAACAACAACAAGCAUGACGUAACAUAAAAUGAUCAAGGCAAAGAAUUUCGGAUGUCCCGAACUUCGUCUAGCCGCUUAAUGCCUUCGCGAAGCUUGCUUAUAAUUUCUGUGUGCCUGGUACACAAGUUACUAAAUUAUAAGGAAACAUUUGAGUGUCAUCACGGAGGUUCAUUCUAUCGAUACGCUCUUGUUGUUUCUGUGCGCCUAGUACACUAGCUACGUAACAUUGCAGAAACUAUGUGGAAGAAUUUGCGAUAUUACGUUAAAACAUCUCUAAUUUGCACUCAAGGUCUUCUCCAUAACGCUGGAUUGGGUUCUGUUCUAAUAUAUUAAAUAUUAUUACGAACAAGUACGUUGUAAAGACAGCUAAAGGAUCUACUAUAAUUUUGUAAAAUACAAUCACUAUCAUAUCAUAUGUCAUAUAAGCAGUGACCGCGACUUCAGUCAUAAGUACAUUAUUAAUUAUUAUUAUUUAUAGUUUCGGAGUUUUGCGGUCACUGUGCUAGAUAUUAUUUAGUUUUAAAAGCUCAAAGUCAGCUCAAAAACUUAUAAAAAUAAAUUUAAACAUUUUUUGUAUAUAUUUAUUAAAACUGUAGAUUUCUCGAGCGAGAACUACGAGUCCAUUCCUAUUUAGUAAUUUUAUAUUUUAUUAAUUGUACAGAGCUUUAUUUUAUUGAAAAGUGUAGAAAAUGUUUCAGAAUUUAGACGUGUACUCUGUUGCUGAGGUGUUGUCUUGUUGUUACCAGAGACCGGGAAAUAAUAACGAGUUCUAACCUUCAUACGAAAACAUGUGAAAUGUGUUUAUGAGGGUACAGCGACUUGACAUUUUGUAAAGCGGUGCGGGGCUAAAUUUCGUCCCCCAAACUGUCUGCUCAGUGAAUACUUGUAUUACUUUGUUUAUGACGCAAAAUGUGUUGGACUGACUGUUCUCAACGUUUAUUACUAUGUGUAAACUUCAAUAUUAACGUUGUGCAUUUUUGAUAUUUUUGAAUGGUUAGGGAAUAAUUUUGCACGAGUUGCUUUAAUUAUCAGUAUAAAAGUACUAUCAUUUUUGCAUACAUUUUCGCCGCGCGGUAGAAAGAGAGGGGGAUACUUUCUCUCCUACGCUGUGCCGGCGGUCUACUGGCUUCAAUGACAUUGUAACAGUUUUUCGAUCAGGUCACUUGUCCGUCUUACGAAUUUUUAAUCUGACGAAUCUGUCGCCUACGCGAGUUUAACAUUUUUUCCCCAUCACAAAAAGUGCACAGCUUCGCUAAAGAAGUUUUCAUCACACUUGCUCGAACAAUUUUAUUUCAAGCAGGUGUGCUGAAGGACAAAGGCCUAUUCUGUUCCCGCGGGAGUUAUGGAUUGAGAAAAAAAAGCAAUAACUCCCUAGGGAGUCCAUUUAUUUUAAAAUUAUGUCACUUAUUCAUACAAACCAAGUAGCAUAAAUGAAUUUUACUUUUAAAAUACUGACAUUUAUAAUUUAAUAUUUCUGAUUAUGUUUAAAAAUAUUUAAUUUGAUUAAUUUAACAGCCGUUUUAAACAUUUUUACAUAAUUUUCAAUCGUGGCUGAAUGCCGAAUAGGUCUGUGCCUUUGAUGCCUCACCUGCCAAGAAAUUACAAAAUGGCGUCAACGUAUUUAAGAAUUAUUUCGCUUAAAAUUUAAUUUUUUCUACGCAAGUAUGAUGAAAAACAUUGUUUGUGACUCCGGGGGUAAAAAUAUUGCAAACUCGGGUCUUUAAUUCCCUCCAGUCGGCUGUCGGCCACAUUCAAAAUUUCACUUACCCCAAUCGUUGCACAAUGUACUAUUUCACUUCAAAAACUGCAUUGUAAUCAGAACUGACUGUUUAUUAUUUUCUGGUGUCUGAUGUCACUGUAAAUCUCUGUUGCAAAAAUGCAAUCAACAUCUGCCAAGUUAUGCGCUCCUGGUACAUGCGAAUAGUGCAUCUUUCACUUUGAUUUGUAAGAUUUGCGUGGAUUAUUUUACAAACAAUGAAGUUCAAUUAUUUUAUGCGAUAUUUGCAUUGGGUGGUAAAAUUAUAAAUACGAAUUUUGAACUGCCAUCCACGUCAGUUACAAAGUAGCUAAAAACAAUAGGGAGGUACUAGCAAAGAGUUUUUAAUUGUAAAGGUGCAAUUUCUACGAAAAAAAAUUGUGCUCCCGAGUUGACUACCCGAGUAACUGAACAACGUAGCCGAAGCACGAGGUUUUUCUUAGAAUUUGUACCUCUUUUCAUAACUUAAUAACUUGUAAAUACUAGCAUAACAAUAAGAUAUUAUUCACUUCAGCUACUUUCAAAUGACGUGGUUGUUUAAAGUACGAUUCCCACCGAACGGGCGGAGUCGGAACGCAUUUCACAUUUGUAUGGCCGCAAGCCGGUCGGCUGCUUGCGGACGCAGACGGCUCCCGACGGACUCCGUCGCUUCUGCCAUACAUAAUGUAUAGGCACAUUGAAAAUGCGCUCCAGCGCGGCCCGACUCCAGCCGGUCGAUGGGAAUCGUACAGAACCAAACAGCGAAUACAUAUUUCUACUGAUUUUAGACAGAACUAUCUGUUGUAUUGUACUUUUUGAGAAACAUUUAUCUACCUACUUCUACAAUCCAAUACAAAAUGCCGUUUACUAUUUUUCUAGCAAUAUUUUGAACUGCCUAAUAUGUUUCGUUAUUUCAGUAAGCAGUAGUAGAUACAGAACUUAGCAAUAUUUUAAACUAGGAAAAUUGGUCAUUUGUAAAUAGCAUAGUUUAAUUUUAGAAUUAAACAGACCCAGGCUUAUACUAGAAAUAUUAAAUUUAAUUCGAAAGUUAUUAUUAUUCGAGUUGUAAAUAAAAAUAUAUUAUUUCACAAAAUGAA